CACCACCUAUGCGCAAUCCCACGGCCGGUUUCCCCCUCCCCACCCCAACCCCCCCUCUCAUGGCAGCCGACGUCUCUAUCCGCGCACCGCUUCUCUGCCUUCAGCCACGCACCCAGUAACCACCGCCGAUUCUCACUCCCCCUUCGUCUUCUCCUUUUCCAGCCAAUUCGUGCUCUAGAGUUCUCAAUUGGAGCAUCGAUGUUUGGUGACAAGAUGAACUGUUCAAGGGGAGGGAGAUUAUUCCCCCUGUUGUUAUGUGCAGUGGUUUACCUCAUGGCUCAGCCGGGAGCUUGCAAUGUGGUGCUGAUAGCAAAUAACACAACCUUGUCAUUCAGUGAUGUCGAGGCAACCUUCACUCCUGCGGUGGAAGGUUCAGGUGUAAGCGGUGUAAUUUACACUGUAGAGCCGCUGGAUGCAUGCAGUCCUCUGAGAAAGAGGGCAGUUGACGGACCUAUAUCACCAUUUGCACUGAUUUUAAGAGGUGGCUGCCAGUUUGAUGAUAAAGUUAGAAAUGCUCAGGAUGCCGGAUUCAAGGCUGUGAUAGUAUAUGAUAACAAAGACCAUGGUGUCCUUGUUUCAAUGGCUGGAAGCUCAUUUGGAAUCGACAUAUAUGCUGUCUUCAUCUCUAAGGCCUCAGGAGAGGUGUUGAAGAAAUAUUCAGGUCAAAGUGAUGCUCAGUUGUGGAUAAUAUCAACGCAUGUGAACUCAGCUUUGUCAAUUAUGGCAAUUUCUUUCACAGCACUGCUUGCUAUGUCUGCUGUCCUAGCCACUUGUUUCUUUGUGAGAAGACACCAGAUAAGAAGGGACAUAGCUCGAAUGCCUGCAGCACGAGAAUUUCAUGGAAUGAGCAGUCAAUUAGUUAAGGCAAUGCCAAGUCUUAUUUUUACGGAAGUCCAAGAAGACAACUGUACGUCAGCAACAUGUGCCAUUUGCUUAGAGGACUACAGUGUUGGUGAAAAGAUAAGGGUGCUGCCUUGUCGUCACAAGUUCCAUGCUGCCUGUGUGGACCUGUGGCUCACUUCAUGGAGAACAUUCUGCCCUGUAUGCAAGCGGGAUGCAAAUGCUGGAGCGCCAAACCUCCCUGCAUCAGAGUCUACCCCUUUGCUUUCUUCUAUCAUCCACUUGCCUGCUGAAUCGACGGCUUUGGCUUCUUUUCGGUCAAUGGUGGCAGCAUCUCCUCCCAGGUCGAUAAGUCGGCAUCCAUCAUCACAGUCCAUAUCCCGCACACACUCCAAUUCCAGAAUGCACCGCAGUCAUAAUCCAUGCAGAUCUUAUUCCAACUCACCUACCAUCAGUACAAGUAGGAGCAAUGUAGACCUUGCAAACAUGUCAUCCCCAUGGUCUCACACUUCACACCUUGCAUCUGCAAACUCUCUUGGUGGAGGGCAUUUGUCUCCGCCGAUCAGCAUCAGAUAUACAUCACACUCUCGUUCCAGCUACGGUAUUUCAGGGCAGUACUUAGGUUCACCCCACAUACCUCGUUCCAGCUAUGGGUCUCCAACCUAUUAUCCUGGCUCUUCAGGGCAGCAGUACCCUUACAUUAGGCAACGCACGGAGUCAGGGCCAAGCCUAUUUACCAUGGUGCCCCAGUCACCACAACACACCCAGCUGCAGCACGGUGGCGACUCGGGGACGAGUCUAUCAGCUUCAACGUCGACUCAGUCACUGCAUCAGGCGUACCUACAGCAUUGCCCUGAUUCUGAUGCAAGCUUAUCGGCUCAGUCACUACCAGGCUGCUGAUAGAGCUAACAAAGUUUACCAUUGAAAUCCAGUUAGACCUCUUUCACGCAAAAAAUUGACUGUUCAGGGCGGCCAGCAAGCAAAGCUGAGCUUGCCUGGAAGAAGAGAGAAUCGGUGACCUUUAAUCUGACCAACUACUUGCUGGGAAUCUUGAAGCUGAAAAUGACUCUGCUGACCAUAUUUGAGUGUGCAAGGAUUGUCUUGACAUGCAUACGUUUUGAGGCGUGCCAUUUUCUGGUACUUCUAUACCAUGGGUGUAUAUUAUUACGGCUUAAUAGUGAUCUAUUAGUUGCAGCCAGAAAGGCCUUGAGCUAGUAAUAAAAUGGCAUGUAUUGCGGCCAUGAGUACUUCAGAGAAAUAUAUAUUCUUGAUCGUUCAUACAUCUUACUUUGUCCUCAAGGAUAUAUUGGUGUUACGUCGGAUC